AUGUUGAUGAAGUGCAUAUGGCACACCGGCCUCAGGCUCUCAGGCCCUGACUGGGCCUCGGUCCCGUGGUCUCCUCCUCACGAAGAGGAGUUAGUCCCAGCUUUCAAGGCCCGGAUCGAGGACAGUGGCGAGCGAACCACCCGACCGGGCGUUGCCCGGCGCUCACAGCUGCCUUUGUCCCUCCCCACGGAAUUGGAACCCAACGACCGCAGCGCGCUCUUGGAACCAUGUGCUGCCGCCGCCUCCGCCUCCGCCGCUGCCGCCGCCGCGAGACCAGCCGCCCGCGCGCCGCGCUGGAUGAGAUGUGCACACAAGCCAGGCCGCCUCGCACACUCCCCGACGCCCCAAGCCCCCGAGGCCUCCGCGGCGCACUCGGCCAAUCACAGAGCCGCCCCUCCUCCCGCCCCCGCCCUGAUGCGAAGCCUCCUGAUAGAACUCGAAGAAGCCCUGGCGCGCCCUCCCCCCCUCCCCGGUCUGGUAGGGCGAAGGAGCGGGCGCGCGGUCGAUCGAGCGAUCGGUUGGCGGCUCUUUCUCCUGCUCUGGCAUCCAGCUCUUGGGGCGCAGGCCCGGCCGCCGCGGCGCGCGCCCGGUGGCCGUUGGCGCUCGCGCCGCGUCUUUCUUCUCGUACGCAGAACUCGGGCGGCGGCCUAUGCGUUUGCGAUUCGACGAGGAGUCGUCCGGGUGGUCGGCGGCGGCGGGCAGCUGCUCCGCCCCGCUCCCGGGGAGGCGGCGGGAUUUGGCGCGGCCGGGGAAGCUGGGGUGGCCGGGGCCGGCCUGGAGGCCUGGCGCCACCCUUCGGGGCCUGCAAGGACCCAGUUGGGCGGGCAGGAGGGGGCUGGGGGAUGGUUGGUGGUGGGCUUCCUACUUUGUCUUUUUCUUCUUAUGCCGCCCUAGUGAGGGGCGGGAUCUCUGGCGGCAGCUCCGGGGUGGAGAGACAAGCUCCGGAGUCGGAAGAGCUGGGUUUGCUUCCGGGCCUAGCCACCAGUUGGCCGAGUGACCUUAGGCAAGUCACUUGGUAAUUUGUCUGCGCCUCAGUUUCCUCCUCUAUCAACGUUUGUGGGAUUGAAAGCGCUUUGUAAACUAUAAAGCGUCGGUGAAUGUAAGGGAUGAUUAUUGUUCGUAAUGCUUGGCUUUAUUUUUUUUUUUUUUUUGAGUUGUAAGAAAACUUAUCAAUUGUCCAAUCCUUGGAUUUUGAACCUGGGAACCUUGGAUUGGAGUUGGAUAUUCCCAAAUUCCCUGAAAUUGUGUGCAAAAAUUAGUGGGAAUAUGCAUUUUAGGGGAAUGAGGAUCCAUCGCCAGCAAGUUUUCAGAGGGGGGCUGUGACCCAGAAGAGUUAAGAACCACAAUUCCUUUGCCACAAGGAGGAAACUGAGGCCUAGAUGUCAUUUGGGACCCGUCACAACCAAUUUGAAGCCCCUUUUGAAUCCCUGGGAUAUGUGAGCUGUUCUAUGCAUAGUGGGUAUUCGGGGUAACAACACUCCACUGCUUGGCUUCUAUUCUGAGUCUUUUCACCAUGGGUUGCCUGAAAGGUGGCUGAUGCAUAUGGUACAGUGGCACCCAAUAUAAAGCAGCUAAAAGUAGGAGUGGAUGUGUUCUCUAGUAUCAAGAAGCCUGUUUAAUCUUUGGCCCAACAACUUUUUAUUUUCUGGUGCCUGACUACUUUUCUGUUUCAUUGACCAUUUUCCAUGACCAUGGCUGCCAUCCGUUACUUGCUUCUAUUUUAUAUUCUUAGUUUGUGUGAUUGGUAGUGAGCAGGCUUAUUUUUAAAUGGUGCUGCCAAGUCCAGCUAAUGAAUGGUGCAGGUGAAUUUUUAGCAAGCUGGCUGACUGGAACAAACUGAACCAGGCAUGGAAUUCCUGAAGAUGUUUGGGGGUUUGUCUUUAUUAAUUGAAGGUUAACAUUCUCUGAAAAGUUUUGUUAGAACGUCUACUGAACCUCAAAAUCAGUAGACUGCAAGUGUUUCAAACCUUAAUUUUCCACCCCCACCCCCCACCACCGGCCUGCUUUGUAUUCUCUUUGCUUGCAAGUGUGUUACUAAAAUGGCCAAAAUGCCAGUUUUUGCUUCUUUGUUAAUUGUCAGCUGCUUUUAUCAAAUUCCAGGCCAUUAUCCAGCAAACACUAUAGAAAUGUUUGAACACUUGGAUUUCAAACAUUUUCAAUUUGUGGAGUGGUGCUUACCAGUGGUACAGUUCUAAGCAAGCAAACACAAACCCACUUAAGUGUUUUGUUUGUUAGGGGUUAGCCGGUUCUGCUAUUUCAUACAAACAUCUGGGAAAAAUCAAUUGACUAUUCCCUUUACCUAGAGGGCAGAGACAAAGGAUCUCAAUUCCAGAGAAGUGACUGUUUUGGAGAAAGAUGUGUUGGUCUUUUAGCUCUUUUGUAAUUAAAUCUGGAUGUACCUCAAAAGAAUGUUAAGACUGUGGUGAUAAGAUGCUUUCCUCAGGAGAAAGGAGGAAAAAAACAACUGGAACUCAAAGCUUGAAAUUCUGUGACAAAACAUGAGCUGUCCGGGAUAGGAGGUUGAAAGUGUUUCACUACAGCGUUCUGCUCUCCAGAUGUCCUUCAGUGUAGUCACGGCGUGGACUCCAGAUUUCCAGAUUUUCAAGAACUGGA